ACAAAAAUGUCAAACCUAAACCCAAACCAAGUUCCGAACCCAAACCCAAACCAAGUUCCGAACCCAAACCGUGUGAAAGAGCUAAAAGAAUUCGACGAAUCAAAAAUCGGAGUAAAAGGCCUAGUCGACAAAGGCCUUACAACCAUACCCACUUUCUUCAUCCACCCAUCAGAACCCGACCCGGAACCCACAACCCGACCCGGUUACAAAAAACACUCCAUCCCCGUCGUUGACUUUUCUCUCCCUCGGUCAACGCUGGUUGACCAAAUUCACAGUGCAUCAACGACGCUUGGAUUUUUCCAGAUUAUUAAUCACUCUGUUAAGGUGGAGGCAAUAAAUAAAAUUGUUGGUUCGGUUAAGUCGUUUAAUGAAUUGCCUGAUGAAGUGAAGAUGAAGUAUUAUAGUAGAGAUAUGACACGUGGAGCUGCGUAUUCUACGAAUUUUGAUUUGUAUAAUUCUAAAGCUGCCAGCUGGAGGGACACGUUGCAGAUGAGGUUGGGUCCCACUCCGCCAGAGUGGGAGUACGUGCCGGAGGUAUGUAGGGAGGCGGCGGUUGAGUGGGACAAAGAAGUGGUAAAAAUUGGGGAAGAAUUGAUGGGUUUGUUAUGUGAAGGGUUAGGGGUAAAUAAGGAGAGAUUGAAGGAAUUGUCUUGUUUGGAUGCAAGAGUUAUGGCUGCACAUUACUACCCUUAUUGUCCACAGCCAGAGUUGACGAAAGGGCUAACGCCACAUACUGAUCCGGGUGUGUUGACAGUGUUGGUGCAGAAUGAGGUGAUGGGAUUGCAAGUAAAAUUUGGUGAUGAUUGGGUUGAUUUGGAGCCGAUUCUGGGAGCUAUUGUGAUUAAUAUUGGUGAUAUUCUCCAGAUCAUAUCGAAUGAUGAAUACAAGAGCGUGGAGCACCGAGUUCUAGCCAACCCUUAUCAAGAACCACGCGUAUCAGUUGCUGUCUUCUUUAACCCAGGCCAAAGAGAGAACUCAUUUGGACCUCUACCCGAACUAAUAUCGGAUGAAAAACCAGCAGUUUACCGGGAAUUCUUAUUCAUGGACUAUAUGACAAGAUUCUUUUCGAAAGAGUUGGAUGGGAAGAGCUUGACAAAUUACUACAGGGUUUCAAAUCAAGUAUAAAAGCUUACAGAAAGGUAGCAAUCUGUUAGUACAUCAAAAUUUGUAGCUCGUGUAAAUGAUACUGUCCCUAUAGAUGUGUUGUGGAAAUAAUAAUAAUGUAAAGUAGAAAAUUUCAUCAAAUAUACGCUUGUUAAAGUUCUGUACAUACCUGCAUUAUUUUGUUCAAUAUUAGAUAAGUUCAGAUA